AUGGCACUCAAUACGAUCUACCGGAAUAACCUACUCGACAAUGUCAAGGAAGGUCGUAUUUGCACGGCCUUCGGGAUCAAAAUCAUACCCACGGGCGAAAUUGUCCAGAUUGCAAAACAGGCCGGCUAUGACUCGCUUUUCAUAGAUCUAGAGCACACAACCCUCACCCUGAAGGAUGCAAGCCAACUUUGUAUCACUGGUCUAUCUGCAGGAAUUACUCCAUUCGUUAGAGUGCCGCAUGAAUGUGGUAGCGGUUUCAUCCAAAGGGUGCUUGACGGCGGCGCCAUGGGGAUCAUUGUUCCUCACAUACACGGUGCCGAUGACGCUAAGAAAGUCAUUCAUGUCUCCAAGUUCCCGCCGCUCGGUAAGCGAUCAUUGACUGCUGGACUGCCACAGUUCACCUAUGCGCCGGUGCCAGCAGUGGUGACAGCCCCUCAACUUAACGAGUCUGGAUCAACAGUAUUUAUCAUGAUUGAAACCGCGGACGCACUUGAAACGGUGGAUGACAUUGCUGCUCUACCAGGUUGCGAUGUGUUGCUUGUGGGUGCCAAUGACCUCCUCAGCGAGAUGGGUAUCAUGGGUGAUUUCGAUAACCCGAAAUUCAUGCAAGCUCUCGAGAAAGUGUCUCACGCAGCCCAAAAGCACGACAAAGUGUUCGCCAUCGGAGGCCUCUAUCAUAGACCGGAUUUGAUGGAUCGGGUUAUCAACGACCUAGGUGCUAGGUGGGUGAUAGGAGGUCAGGAUGUGGGAUUGCUGGUUGCCGCAACACGACAAAACUGUCAAGCCUUGAAAGCGAUUCAGAGACCACAGGUGUGA